CUCACUCUCUCUCUCUCUCUAGACUUCGUCGAAGCAAAAACGACGACCACAACUCGGAGACGAAGAAGAGUGGCUCCUCCUCAUCCCUUUCCCUCGUCGUCGCCAUCAUCGCCAUCAUCGCCAAGACCAAUAUUAACGGACCUAACAAGUCAGUCACGACCAUAAGCUUUGAUUCGCUGCACAGACAUUCUCCUUCUGCUGAGACAGAAGUUCGCUCCCCGGAACCGACCGUCCAUCCAUACAAUGGCUGAGUUGACUCAGGCCGAGGUGUACUCCCCACGGUGGACGCUCCAACUGUGGAGGGCGCUUUGGAACUGGCUCGCCUUCUUCUUCCAGAUCUUCCUCCAGAUCCUCCAGCGCUUCGGCCACCACCCUCUCCUCUCUCCCGGCUCCUCCCCUUCCUUCAAGCCACUCCCCGUCGUUGAGCUGCCAGACCUCGAUCCCCCCGUCAACGCCCCCGUCGACAUCUCCCCAGCUUCCGAGGCGUCCACCGCCCAUGUCGGCCGUCCCGACAGACUCACGGUAGUUCUCGACUUGGAUGAAACUCUUGUAUGUGCAUACGAGACAUCAAGUCUGCCAGCUGCUGUUCGUGAUCAGGCAAUAGAAGCUGGCUUGCAGUGGUUUGAGCUGGAAUGUGUAUCUUCUGAUAAGGAAUGUGAAGGAAAACCUAAAAUCAACUACGUGACGGUGUUUGAGCGACCCGGAUUGCGGGUGUUCCUCAAACAGCUCAGUGAAUUUGCUGACCUCGUGCUAUUUACUGCUGGUUUAGAAGGAUAUGCAAGACCUCUUGUUGAUCGGAUAGAUGUAGAAAACUUAUUCAGACUGCGCCUCUACCGACCUUCAACCAUCAGCACGGAAUAUCGGGAACAUGUGAAGGAUCUUUCCUGCAUAUCGAAGGAUCAAUGCAGCAUUGUGAUAGUUGACAACAAUCCAUUCAGUUUCUUGCUGCAGCCACUGAAUGGGAUUCCCUGCAUUCCUUUUUCUGCAGGGCAGCCUCACGAUGACCAGCUCUUGACCGUCCUCCUCCCACUCCUCAAGCACCUCUCUCAGCAAAGAGAUGUGAGACCAGUGCUCUACGAAAGAUACUGCAUGCCCGAGUGGUUCCAAAAGCAUGGAAUCCCUUCCUCUCUUCAAACACCGUAAAACAUAGCCAUUGUAGACGAUAAUGAAGUUGCCAUUCCCUGUACAAUUCCCGAAAGCCAAAGAACUGCAGAAAAUCGUGGCCCCAUUGCAUUCUGUAUAGCAUCAGAAGUCACUGGUGAGUACCCGUAAGUCCCGGAGUCCAUUCUCUGAGGUCCAACUGGAUGCUGGAUGCUGCAUCCACAGCCAUAGUUAUGACCUUCCACUCCUAUGUAUUAUAUAGACAGAUUGAAAUCGAACUGUAAUCCUGUUUAUAUGCUCGAAUGCCCGUGUAUCCUUUGGUUUUUGUCACAUGAUUGCUCGGUCAAUAUUUAUUAUGAAAAAAGCUGUUCCUGGGAUCAUCAUCUCAUUCUCAUCGCAUUCUGUUAAGUGUUAAUUGCAUUCGUUCUUCUUACUAAAAA